AUGUCGAUCUACGAAGAUGCCCGAAAGGGCCUUCUUGUUGGGUCUGUUCUUGACGCUUACAUCGAGAACAAGCCGAAUACUUUAGAUGAACAAAGCCCUGAUACAGGCUUGACGGCUCUGGCAAUAGCCGCAAUCGAAGGAUUUCCUGACGAAGUUGAGCAGUUACUUAAAAAGGGAGCUGGACCAGACGCCCUCUCUUCGAACCUUGAAACCCCUCUCCUCCUGGCAGCCUGGAAGGGCAAGAAAGAGCGUGCCCGGAUCAUCCAGCUGCUUCUCAAAAGCAUGCCUCCAGGCUCGCUUAAUCGCACUUGCAAAGCAGCAGAUUUCAACACACCGCUGAUGUUCGCAAUUAAGAACAAGGAUUACGAAUCCAUCAGGUUGCUGGUACAGGCUGGAGCUGCCAACGACGAAAAAAUCACAAAUGUUGAUGGCUUCACAGUGAAGCAGAUAGCUGACGCUGUAGGGGAUCGACUAGUGACUCGUUCACUUUUGCCAGAUGAAAAGCAAAAGGCGGCAUUGCUCGCUGCCAGUGUCACUAGUUUGCUACUCUACAUCGUUGCAUGGGCAAAUAAGACCGUAAAUGGAUUGGUUACGGAAUUAUUCGAACUGGACCCCGAAAUCAACGAGUCAAUUGACAAAGACUUAACCAGGGAGGAAUUUGUCGACAGAGUCGAAGAAUGGAUGGAAACGCAUGGUCCACUGAAGCGAUUCUUCCAAGAAAACGAUGGCUUUGUUCAAGAGAUAACUAAGAAACUUGUAAACCUGGGGAAAGACCCCACCAACAAGCUCCGGAAUCAGGAUCGGUCACAAACGAUCAAGCUGUCCUUAUACAAACAGGUCAUCUACUGUGAUGACAGCACCACGAUGAAACGCGAAGGACGCUGGGAGAGCCAAAAGGAACUGGUCCAGCGUAUCGCCAAAAUAACCACCAUGGUCCUCCCAAGAAAUGAAGGGGUUACUUUGCGAUUUAUUAACCGAAACGUUGAGAACUCUGACAAUCUAACUCUUGAACAUUUGGGGAAUCUUCUGAAAGGCAUGGACUGGCAGCCUGGUGGCGACACCGCGAUUGGUACAAACCUGCGGUCCAAGAUUCUCCAACCACUAGUCUACCGCAAGCUCGAAGAUGGGACUCUUGAGAGACCAGUGCUUGUCAUUAUUAUGACCGAUGGUAUGCCAGAGCGCGAAGAUAGAACUGAGCUUGAAAAGGCCAUUCUGGAAUGCGAAAAGAAGAUACAAGAAAGUGGCUACCCUCCCCAAACUGUAAAAUUCAUGAUUGGUCAGGUAGGAACUGCAAAGUCUGCUACAAAAUUCCUAGCAUCCCUCAGGCAGAAUACAGACAUUGCCCGAACAACAUUAGUAACUUCAGAGAAACUUGAUGAUGCAUUCAAAGAUUAUAAAGCAAACGACGGAAAGCUAGAUAAAUGGCUAAUUGAAACUUUGUUCUCCCCAUUUCAGAACUUGACGGGAAACAAUCAACACUGA